AGUUGAGUAGAGCAGAGAGAAAGAGAAGAAACAGCAGUGCAGCCAAAGCUACAUACAGAGGGAGGACAGGAACUCAGCACCCGCAUCUCUACGUCACCGAAAAUUGAAGUGGAAGGGCAUUUUGUGAGUGCAGGUGCAGCCAUGCCGAGGAGCAGCUUUGCGGGGGCAUUUUCAUCUCCAAAGGUGGACGUGGUUGUCGAUAUGGGCAAUCCCUUCCUCAAUCAUACCAUCGAUGGAUUUUUGAAGAUUGGCACGGUGGCUGCUGCGAAAGUAGCUGCGGAUGAAACCUAUCACAUUGUUAAGCGAGGGAAUAUUUCAAGCCACAAAUUCGAGCAAUCGCUGAAGAAGAUGUGCAAGGAAGGUGUAUACUGGGGGACAAUGGCGGGAGUUUACGUUGGAAUGGAAUAUGGAGUUGAAAGAAUCCGAGGAACGAGAGAUUGGAAGAAUGCCAUGUUGGGAGGUGCAUUGACCGGAGCAUUCCUAUCGGCAGCCGGAAACAACCACCGGGACAAGAUUGUGGCCGACGCCAUAACUGGUGGAGCUGUUGCAACUGCUGCUGAGCUGCUGAGUUAUAUCAGCUGAAACUCUGAUUUAUUGUAAGUGUUUUGUUGUUGAAUUUGCUUCCUAUUCUGUCUGGGGCUUCGUAUUUCAUCAUCUUUUUCUUUUUUUAAUAAUUAAAAUGGACUUGUCAUCUCAAUUACAUCUAUGUGAUGGUGUAAUGUGGGCAAGCUUUAACAUUAAAUCGUGUAGUUUUUGUAUUUAUUAAGGGUGUGUUUGUUUGGGGAAUUA